AUGGCCGAGGCAGUGAGUGUCGCAGCGAAGCAGCUGCCAAAAUUCAAGCUCGGCAAGAAACAAGUAUUUCUGCCCAACCAUGUAAUCACUUUUUUACGAAAAGACCACCUUCCGCCAAACGAAGCCUGCUUCCACGUUCCUCUCACAUUCACCAAAUUUGACCUGCGCGACUACCUAUGGAAUCUAUACAAUGUCGAGGUCACCAAGGUUCGCUCCUAUGUUAAGGAGUUGCCUCUCACACAAAAGCCCGGCACACGCCUGUGGUACCGCCCACGAGCGCAGAAGAUCAUGACAGUCCAGCUUGCCAAGCCAUUCCAAUGGCCUGAGGUCCCCACCAACACAGAGGCCUGGAGCAAGGACAUGUUCGACCUGCGGGAGGAGAAAUACGAGGAGAACAACAAGGCACAGACCGAGAAGCAGAAGAUGCAGCUCCCAAUGAAGAGCAGACAACCCAUCACCCAUGAAAGGAAGGAAUUGUCAAAGCUGGCUAAACAAAUGUUGUCGGGCAACGUGAAGUGGUCUAACGAUGUCAUCUUGGAUCCAAAGUGGGACAGUAUUCUGGAGCAGGCUACGCAACAGAAGCAGACAAAGGAGGAGUCAAAGGAGACAGAGCCACAAGAGCAAAAGAAGCCUUAG